CGAGGAGAGCAACCGGCAUGUGCAGGCUGCCUGCAGGCACACGGAUGGCGGCCGCCCCGACCCGUGAAGGACUGCAGGCUGCCCCAUGGCAGCCGUGAUAAGGACGGGGCCUCCCAGCACUGCUUCAGAUCCUCCCUCGCUCCCAGCACAGCCUUGAAUCUGCCGUCAUGAACGGGCUGUCGAUCAGCCAGCUCUGCUGCCUCUUCUGCUGCCCUCCCUGCCCCAGCCGCAUCGCCGCCAAGCUGGCGUUCCUCCCCCCGGAGCCCACCUACGCCGUGGUCCCCGAGCCGGAGCCCAUCGGCAGCACCAGCACCGGGUCCCUCCGAGGCGGCGCUGCGGGGCGGUGGAAGCUGCACUUGAAGGACCGGGCGGAUUUCCAGUACUCCCAACGAGAGCUGGACAACAUCGAGGUGUUUGUCACCAAAAGCAGCCGAGGGAACCGCAUCGGCUGCAUGUACGUCCGCUGCGUGCCAGGAGCCAGGUACACGGUGCUCUUCUCCCACGGCAACGCAGUGGACCUGGGGCAGAUGAGCAGCUUCUACAUCGGGCUGGGCACGCGCAUCAACUGCAACAUCUUCUCCUACGACUAUUCGGGCUACGGUGCGAGCACGGGGAAACCCUCAGAGAGGAACCUCUACUCCGACAUCGACGCGGCGUGGCAGGCGCUGCGGACACGGUAUGGGAUCAGCCCGGAGAACAUCAUUUUGUACGGACAGAGCAUUGGCACAGUGCCCACCGUUGACCUGGCGUCCCGCUAUGAGUGCGCUGCCAUCGUGCUCCACUCCCCGCUCACCUCCGGCAUGAGAGUCGCCUUCCCUGAGACCAAGAAGACCUACUGGUUUGAUGCCUUCCCCAACAUUGAGAAGAUCUCGAAAAUCACCUCUCCUGUCCUCAUCAUCCAUGGCACCGAGGAUGAAGUCAUCGACUUCUCCCACGGCCUGGCGCUCUUUGAACGCUGUCCCAAAGCUGUGGAGCCACUGUGGGUGGAUGGGGCCGGGCACAAUGACAUUGAACUCUACAGCCAGUACCUCGAGCGCCUUCGGAAAUUCAUCUCCCAGGAGCUGGCCAGCCAACGCAACUAGCCGGAGGAUGGGGCAGGGUGGGGGUUGUCACGUGUUUGUCCAGUUCUCCCAGCGCUCCCAGUCCCUGCUGCUGGAGGCACAGUGGGUUUCUACAGCUCCAGCCUCGGGAGCCUUGAGCAGACAGUGUGUUUUCUGUGGGAUGCAGCACAGCUCUCCUCCCUCCCUGCGUCACCUGGUGCUGCUGGCAUCACAGCUGGGCAGGCAGGAGAGGGCAGCUCGCUCCUUCUCCCCUGGGCAGAGCAGAGCCCCUCCUGAUGGUGAAUCUUCAGCUUCGGACACGUCCUCAUCCCCUCUCCUGAAACAAUGAACUGUUGAAUUCCUCCCGGCUGCUCUGCUGCUCCCACUAUAGCAAUAAGGCGAGUUGGGCUGGGAGCAGCCGCAGGGUGAGCCUGUCCCUGGUGUCACUGCGUGGCAGAGGAGGGCACAGCUCCUUCUGUGCUGGAGUUACAGCAGAUGCCGGGUGCUGCUCCCUGCCUGGGGCAGAGCUGUGUCCCAAGGGGGGGUUGGGGAUGUGUGGAGGAGGUGCCCCCCCUCCUCACACCCCUCUGCUCAGCCCCGCUCUGCCUUCUCAGAGCACUCCCCGUGUCUUUCUGUGACACUCCUUCCCUCUCCGUCCCCUCAGAGCGGGGUGAGGAAACCAGGCACCAAAUAAAGAGCUGAGGUUUAGAGUUUUA